UCUCAAUGACACGUAUGAAAGUUUAGAAAACAGUCUAUUCAUAGCCAGCCGGACCUACAUUUUCCGUCUGGAAAAGAGCAAGCCUGAAAAGAACUUGAGGGGGAAAAUGCUCCGACAGAAGUUAUAGAAAAAUAAACAGACGGAUCAUUGUGCGCAGUAAAUACAUUUACAUGGCACAUAGUCUGUACUCGAGAGGAGAAAUAGAUGGGGAAAGGAAUCUGUUCGAGUCGACAGAGAAGGUUUUUUCAGUCUUUUUUACUUCUCCUGUUCAUCUGUGGGACAGUGUGUGCUUUGAUGAUCUCGUAUGAGAUGCACAGAGAGCUGAAAAAGACGGAGGCGACGGCUUUACAGUACCAGCAGCAUCAGGAGUCACUGUCUGCACAGCUGCAAGUGGUUUACGAGCAUCAUUCUAAACUGGAGAAAUCUCUUCAGAAAGAGAGACUGGAGCAUAAGAAGUCUGAAGAGGAUUUCCUUGUGUUUAAGAGGGAAUCGCAAAAGGCUCUCAACAAAGAGAAGAUGUAUAAUAACUUAUGGUUCUUGACGAAACAGCAAGAUUCCACCAGUCGACUGAAUGUUAUGCAGACACAGCACCAAAUACUGAAGUCCCAGCAUGAAGACUUAAAGAUGCAAUACUAUGAACUUCAGAAGAAGAACCAGAAUCAAGGAGAGAACCAUGAGCGUAUUCUGGAUGAGCACAGACAGGAACUAGAUGACCUGCAGAGAGAGAAAGUAGAUGAAAUAUCAAGAUUAAAAGAGAAUGCGUACAACCUUCAAGUGGAAAACAAACAACUGAGGAAAGCUCAUCAAGACAUCUACACACAGUUGCUCGAUGUGCGGGAACAGCACAUAAACAUGAGGGCUUCCAAAGAUCAUCUAACACUCACUUUAGAAGACCAUAAAAAUGCACUUGUUGCAGCGCAGGUGGAAGGAUUUGAGGAAAAAGGAAAAGGGUUUUCCCCUCAAGGUGUGUCGGAAAUUGAAAAUAACAAUGAGACCAAAGUGGAAGUGAAGCAGCCUCAUCAAAUCGAUGUUUUUGCAGAGGGAAGAGGAAAGAAAGAGGAAAAGAGCACAUCAAAGGAGAGAGAAGGAGAGGAUGAGAGUAAAAAGGCAGCGCUGGAACAUUCCUUAUCAAACCCAGAAGAGCUGGGCAUUAACCAUCACAACACGCUAAGCCAAACCCUGGAGAAACAGAUACAGACGGAGCCCCUCCACACUACUAAAGGACAUUUUUGGCCUUCAGAUCCAAUUAUUACUGUUGGGAACGCUGUCAUUGCAGAUCACGUUAUAAAUGGACAAGAUGAUGCCAAAGAGUACACUCAACAUCAUGACAAGAACUUUGAAUUGAACAUGAAUCUGAAUGGAGUUGAAUUCAGAGAAGCAAAAGACACACCGUACAAGAGCAAUGUGAACAAGGACAGGCCUGAAGAGGACGAGCAGCUUGUGGUGGCAGGAAGUCCAGAGCAGGAGGACCAACCUGAUGAACAAUAUGACGAUGAGAAUGUUGAGGACUCGGUGCAUAACCGAGAGAAGAGAGCAGAUAAGGAGGACAACGUAGAAAAUCUCUACACCGAGCAUGAUGAAACAGAGGGCCAUAAUAGCCUGACCAUAAACAGAGGCAAAAACUGAUGCCGGUCGGAAAGAAAGCUCCCCAAAAAAGUGAUAUAAGAGGAUGAAGAACAAGGAAACCAGUUCUGAAAUGUGAAGAGGAUCUAUCUGUCUUCUGGGUGGUUUAGCACCUUAUUUUUGACUUUCAGUAAACCUACUAAAUAUACUGAAUUUAUAACAUCAAAACACUCUAUGCCGGAACACCCUAUUUUAAAUCAAGUUUUUUUUGCAAGUAACAUAACUGGAAAUACAACCGUAAUAACUAACUUUUAAGAAGUGACUACUAAUGCACAUCCAAUGAUGUUGUAAGGUUUUGUUGAAUUGUCAAAACCUCAAUGCAUUCUUACUAUAGGACAAUAUGACUGGCAUUUUAUUUAAAUGACGUAUACUGUAAGUGAUUCUGUUUUUGUUACAAUAUCCCUCAUUAGUGUCUUUGCGAAAUCUAUUGAUAACAAUUUUCAAAGGAUUUUUUUUCUUUUGAGGGAAUUACUUUUUUAUAUUUCUUUCUUUUCAUUCAUUUUAAAUGAAUUAAGAAUGCAUAUCUUUUCUAUGAAGUACA